CUCACAAAAGAUACAGAUGAACUUGAAAGUGCCGAUGUAGCUCGCGGUGUGUGAUUUAGUGAAAUCUGCAGCAAAGCUGUGUCAAGUGUACAGAGUCUAUUUUUGUCCGCUUGCACUGGCCCGUCUAUAAUGACUUCAUUCUGUCGCGGAUCCACAUGCGCAGUCCUGCGCUUUAUUAGACGCCGAUCACAGCCACAAGACAAGUUCGCUUUCCAGCAGGAAAACUUCUAAAAACUGCAGUCCAGAGAUAAAGAGCACGAGAAUGGGAGACGCUGAGUUGGAUGCUGGUACAAUGGAAGUAGAUGAAGAUUCUCAGAAGAUCGAUAUGUCAUUGGAUGAUAUUAUCAAACUGGGCGAUGCAGAACAAACAUUCUUACAAUCCUCUCCCAAUGAAAAUCUGCAGCAGCAUGGAAACAGAAGACUUCGAAAAAGAAAAACUUUUGGGAAAAAUCAGUUUAAUGCAAGAAAAGGGUUGCCACAAAUUCCACAAGAACCCUAUAGGCUACGCUCAAGGAAUGAGAUGCAGCAAAAAUUCAACAGAAGACCACCCUACAACCUCAGGAGAAGUGGCCCUGGAAUAAACUCACCAUUACCUUCUACAAGCAUGAGUCCCAUAAAUCGUAUCCCAUUAAGGGGAAAGAGCAACCUUGCCGGGAUUUCUGGAGGGGUUAAUACCCAAGGGAAACAGUUACAAUUUCUGAAAGCACAGCCACGGUUAAGAAGAAAAUUCUGGCAACCCAAUGCUGGACCUCAGCAAACACUAAGGAGAUUUCCCCAACAAAACAGAGCCCUGAGACUGCAACAAUUACAGCAGAGACAGAAGAACCAACGACAGAACCAUGUGAACCUUAACCGGGGAUUCAAUAUCCAGCAAGUGGAUGGCACCUUCACUGAGAAAAGAAAUAAAAUGAGAAGAUGGAGACAGCCUCCCACCUCUGGCUCUGUCCUCACAGUGUCUGUCCCAAACCCAAAGGCAACUAAGGACACAAUGGCUUCAAGAUUAAGAUUUAAACAGUCAUCAGUUCCAUCAGACAGACAAACUGAAGCUGCAGAUGAAGCACAUCCUCAACCCAAAGGAAUUCCUUUGCGGUUUAACUUUAAAGCAGUAGCCAAUCAGACUGCCAUCACUUUGAAUGAACGUUUCUCUAGCCUACAGAUUAAAGGAGGUUCAGUCAUGCCCAGAAGAGGACGACGGACUGUAACACUUCAGUGAAACAUCUUCAUGAAAAUUACAUGCUUGGUACAUGGAUAGUAGCAGUUGGAUGGAAUUAUUGGAGAAGAAUGUUAUCGUCAAUUAUAUUUAUUGUGACUGGAAUUUUUUCCUAAUAGAACAAAAAUAUUUUCUUUUUGUGUACUUAGUUGAACAAUCAUUAUUUCAUUAUAGCAUCUUUCAUACAGAAUGCCAUUCAUAAUUUUUGAUAAUACGUAGGCAGCCUCAGUGGCAAAGUGGUUGUCACUCUGCUUGAAUACGUUUGCCAUGUCUUCUCUGUACUUGUGUUUUUUUUUCUGUAGGUACUCAGGUUUCCUCCUACGUCUCAGAAAGUGUAUAUUAAUUUAAGCCUCUGGGCAAGUCAUCCCGAAAAGUCCAAGCAACUAAGCCACACGGCAUGCCUGAAUUAGAUGUAGGAGACAUCCAGACAUAUCACUUAAAGGACAUCCAAUCAAAACUAAACCUGAGCAGGCAUUUAUAGAACUUAACUGUCCAAUCACAUACAUCCAUUGGUUUCUUAGACAGCAUAAACGGUUUCUUAAACGGUUUAAUUCUACACUGGGUUAUUUCCCACAAUUAAAUAAAUGUUUCACUUCUAAGUGUAAUGUUAGAUAACAUUUUAUUUUAAUAUUUAUCAGAGUAUUCUCAUAAAUACUUUGUAGGUGAUAAUGUUAAGAUUUUUUAUCCCCAUUGGAUCGAUCAAUCCUAAAGCUUAAGGUUUUUACUAUGUAUUUUUUUCCCCUUACAGUAUUACAUUUUGCACUUCAUUAUACAUAUUUUACUUUAACAGUUAUCUUUUUAAGUUUGUGAAAAACAUUGUAACUGUGAAAUUGACAGUGUCUUUAAAUACACCAUCUCAGUCUUGUGUAGCACUACUGUAUAAUUAAGCAGAGUGAAUGAUUUAAACAGAAGAAGUGGACAGUUGAUAUUUUUUGAAUGCAAAUGAACUCUAAUUUUGUGUACUUAUAGUGAAUUCAAGUUUUGAAUGUUAAACUAUUAAAUAAACUAUUCUAUGGACAUCAUAUUUUUAAAUAAAAUAUAUGUUGUAUGAGU